UCAACCAGCCUGUGCUUGUAUUUAACCGAUGCCAGGACAGCAGACUGCCCCUUGGAGGUGUCUUGUGUUGACAUGACAGGCCCUGGUGCGGUAUCCUGGCCAUGUUCCGGAGACACAAGACCAACGCUUCAGAGCACAAGAGGAAUCCUGCCGUUCAGGGGUCUGCCCUGCCAGUGCCCCAAAAUGACAUGAGGUCUUUCUUCAGCCUCUCUCAACUGGUCCUUUCUGCCGGCCACCUGAGACCCCCACCGGUCCUGAGACAUUCAAAGAUCACCUACUUCGAAGUGGAGAUUCUAGAUGCCCAAAGCAAAAAGCAGAUCUGCGUCGUGGACAAGAUACCGCCUUCAUCUACUCUUCUGGAUGUCAAACACAAGUUUCACAAAGUAUGUCCUCAGUGGUAUCCAUCUCGCAUAGGCCUGCGACUGGAACGCAAUGGGUCCUUCUUGAGAGAUUCAGUCAACAUAAAGAGCCUGGCAGCUUCUUCUAUCAUUACGCUGUACUUCACAGACAUGGGCCAGCAGGUCAGCUGGACCACAGUGUUCCUGACUGAAUAUACCGGCCCUCUUCUAAUCUAUCUGCUUUUUUACCUCCGUCUCUCCAGCAUUUACGAUGCGAAAGAGAGUGCCCGAAGUGUCCGCCACCCCAUUGUUCACCUGGCCUGCAUUUGCCACUGUUUGCAUUACCUCCGACAUCUUCUAGAGACGCUUUUUGUGCAUAAGAUUUCCGAAGGGCACACGCCACUGAAGAACCUCAUCAAGAACUCCUGUCACACAAACCGAACACCUCCCGAAAGUCACGGCCGUUGCCUUCUCUGCUUUGUAUGGAAGGCAGGAGGUGUUAUGCAGGGCUGUACUUUUUACUGGGGAUUCACGUCUUGGAUUGCUUAUUACAUCAACCACCCACAGUACACUCCUCCAUCAUUUGGGAAUAGGCAAGUGACUUUUGCUGCCCUUACUUUUCUGAUUUGUGAAGCUGGGAGUCAUUUCAUCAAUGUAGCUCUAGUCCAUCAGAAUCAAUCAGGAAACAAAGCCUCUUUUCCAAGCCCAUCAAUCAACCCUUUCACGUGGCUGUUUACAUUGGUCUCCUGUCCAAACUAUACCUACGAGUUCCUGUUUUUCUUUUCUUUGCAACAGAUCGGCUCUUGGGUUAGUUUUACGUUAAUGACACAAACUCUGCCAGUGGGCGUUUUUGCAUUACUGAUGGCAAUCCAGAUGGCCCUUUGGGCUCGGAAGAAGCACCAGCUGUACCUGAAGAGGGGGACUUUCUCUAGGUGGAGGAAAGCAGCUAUGAUUCCAUUUAUACUGUAAAUGCAACUAGAUUUGACGUGGAACCGGAGGGAGCAGUCACUCCAUUUAGUUAUCUGAACGGGAUGCAGCAGGACUUCGAGGGUUUUCCCCUAACAUGAUUAAAAUACCGUGAGAGCAGCCAUGAUGGAUUAGACUUGUGUUUCCGCAUCUUUAUUACACAGUGGCGGCCCACUGGGGACCCAAACAGACGCUUCGUAGUAAAGUCGAGGGCUUGCUCGGGUGCUUUGCAGGAAGGAGGUUCCCGCUCCAGUCCUGGGGGUUUCCAGGUGCAGAGGGCCCAGAGCAGCAAGUGCUGGGGAGGGCAUUUCUUGGCCCUGGUGCCGGCCGGGAGGGUGGGCAAUGUUGUGCUGGGCAGUCCAGAGGUCUGACUCACUCCAAGGCAGCUGGAGAGGUUGAAGGGCUUACGUCUGCGCAGUGCUCUUGUUUGCUCUUGUUCAACGGCAGGGUCCCCACACCACACAAAUAACUGUUUUUGAAACUCUCCCUAAUAUAAAAGUAGUCUUUUCUGAUGGGCUGUCAUUAAAAAGGACUCUAGAUGCUGGCUGAAAUGAGGGUGUGCUCAUUCCCCCCCCUUUUUGCUAGCAGUUUCAUUGAAGACAAUUGCAUUAGAAUGGUAGAUUGGGGGGAGUGGCCAUGUUGGGCGGAAGCAGCUGAACAAAGUUUGAGUCCAGUCAGGCACCUUGACGACCAACAAAGUUUUAUUCUGGGU